AUGAAGAGCAAACGCUGGGCUGAAGAAAGUGUUUCUGCCUCCGAGUCUAACGGGGAACAGAAAAUAAAAAUCACAGAAAAAGAAGAGAAAAUUGACGGAAAGGAGCAAGUCACCUUCAAAAAAGAAAAAGUAAAGGUAGUUAAUGAAGAUUCCGUUAAUUAUCAAGCGCUGACAGACGAAGAGACCGAAAAACUUAAAGCGACCGAAGAAAAAUUUGAAUUUCAAACCGAGGUCAGUCGAUUAAUGAAACUUAUCAUCAACUCUCUUUAUAAAACGCGUGAAAUCUUUCUUAGAGAACUCAUUUCCAAUGCAUCUGAUGCUAUUGACAAAAUCAGAUUUUUGGCACUUACCGAUCCAAAUGCGCUCAAGGCCACCCCAAAUCUCAAUAUUACUAUUUUGGCCGAUAAGGAAAAUCGCCGAUUGGUUAUAACUGAUAGUGGUGUUGGUAUGACUAAAAAGCAACUUAAGGAAAAUCUUGGUACAAUUGCGAAGUCGGGCACCUCUGAAUUCUUGGAUGCCAUUGACAAAAAAAAUGCUGAUAUGAAUCUUAUCGGACAAUUUGGUGUUGGAUUUUACUCCGUGUUCCUAGUAGCCGAUAAAGUGACUGUUACUUCAAAACAUAAUGACGAAGACAAACAAUAUGUUUGGGUAUCUCAAGCAGUUAAUGAUUUCAGUAUUUCCGAAGAUCCUCGUGGUAAUACGCUUGGACGCGGUACCCAAAUUGUCUUGCAUAUUAAAGAAGACGCAAGUGAAUUUUUGGAAGAAAAGACAUUAAAUGAACUUAUUAAAAAAUAUUCAGAAUUUAUAAAUUUCCCGAUUUAUCUCUGGUCGACUAAAGAAGAAGAAAUUGAAAUUGAUUCUGAAGAUGCCUCAAAAAGUAAGCAAUGGUCAUUAAUGAAUGAUCAGAAACCCAUCUGGGUUCGAGAUCCAAAAGAGGUUACCGAUAAAGAAUACGAAGAAUUUUACGCGUCAUUCACCAAGGAUGCUGGCGGUAAGCCAUUGACCUGGAUUCAUUUCAAGGCUGAAGGUGAAGUAGACUUUAGAUCUAUCAUUUAUAUACCAAGCAAAGCUCCUCAAGAUUUAUUCAAAAAGGCCGAAGAUUUUGUUAGAAACAUUAAAUUGUUUGUCAAGCGUGUAUUCAUCACCGACGAAUUCGUUGACUUCAUCCCGAAAUAUCUUCAAUUUAUUCGCGCUAUUGUUGACGCUGAUGAUCUACCACUUAACGUGUCCCGAGAAACUCUUCAACAACACAAGACCCUUGUAUUAAUCAAAAAACGAAUCAUCAAAAAAAUUCUCGACAUGAUUUCGACAUUGACACAAGACGAAGAGAAAUACACAACUUUCAUAAAGGAAUACGGCACAAGUUUGAAAUUGGGUGCAAUUGAAGAUGACCGAAAUCGUAAAAAGGUGGCAAAAUUAUUACGUUUUCCGAGUUCUUAUAAACCAGGAAAUCUUACUUCACUUGAUGAAUACAUUAGUCGAAUGAAAAAAGGCCAAACUAAAAUAUACGUUAUGACUGGUGGCUCUAUCGAAGAAAUUAAACAAUCACCAUUCUUAGAGCGCCUUCAAGCCCGUGGAUACGAAGUAUUAUAUCUAGCGGAGCCAAUUGACGAAAUGCUCAUUCAACAUAUGCCCGGUUACGAUGGCAAGACAUUCCAAAAUGUUGCCAAGGGAGAUUUGAAAUUCGGUGAUGAAACAGAUGAAUCCAAAGAGGAAUUCGAAAAAACAAAAUUGGAAUUCGUUAGGUUACAAGAUUGGAUGCAAGCAACUCUUAUCGAAUUUGUUGAAAAAGUUGAGAUUUCCAAGCGUCUCACAUCUUCACCUUGUGCUAUUGUCGCACAAGAAUGGGGAUGGACAGGAAAUAUGGAAAAAAUUAUGUCUUCGCAAACAUUUAAACAAGAGGAUGAUGUCAUGCAAAGUUUCUUCGCCAAACAGAAGAAAAUUUUGGAAAUCAACCCAAAACAUCCAUUAAUUCUUACGCUUUUGAAGAAAGCAAAUGAUGAAGACUUCGACGACACAGCCAGAGAAGCAACCUUUAUAUUAUACGAAACAGCAUUGAUUCGAUCUGGAUACACGUUGAAAGAUAACCUUGGUUUCGCAACACGUGUCGAGAAAAUUCUUCGGUCUAAUUUAGGUGUCAAUCUCGACGCAAAAGCAGUGAUUAACGAAGCUCCAGCUCCCGAGCUUGACGAAGAAGCAAAGAAAGAGGCAGCGGAAAAAUUGGCUAAUAAGGAAGAUACAGAUCUAUUUGAAGAACAAGAUGAUGAAAUGAUUAGAGAUGAACUAUAA